UCUUGCGCACUUGCUGUGAAGGUCCCGGAACCUGUCUUUCGCUCUGUCGGCUGAGGAACUAGGGUUGGCGUGCGAUAGCCUCCGUUAAUCAUGGCCAGCAAGGCUUCGGAGCAUGAAAUAUGCCAGUCGGUGUUGGAUUUCGUCACUGAGGGCCAGUAUCCAGAGUCGGAGAAGCUUGUCGCUGCGGAGUUCCCCGUAUCGGCCCUUUCCAAAGAGUUGGAGCUUCUGUCCAAGGCCAGAGCACAAGUGGAGGCUGAGAUUAGCUCCUUGAGUCGGGAAAAUGACUUCGAUGCCGACGGAUGGAUAUCGCAGGCCAAGGAACUUCACGCAGAUAUUGAACGGUCCAGGGUUACUGCACGGGAGAUAGUCGCACAACAUGAGAACACAGCCCCCCUACAGUCGAAGGUCGAAGAUGCUGCUGCCAAAGUUGGGUUGAUAGAGACCGAGAUUGCCUUCAACCAGGCUGUGACCGACACGUUGGAGGAAGUCCAAAGACUCAGUCAGCGACUUGACGCCGGUCGGGCCAUCCUUCAGGAGGGACAAGUCAUUGGUGCAAUUGACAUAUUGGAGGCGACAGAACAGGCCAUACAAAAGGACAACUUGUUCGCCAACACAACUGUUUUUGUCAUAUUGUCCGAGAACAUCAAGGAUCUCCGAGGCGAAAUUGCUGAAUACCUCCGCGCUCGCUGGAAUGACCAGCUCAAUAUCAACGAAGGGGAAGCGAAACUUGUCCUUCCGGAAAACACUGAGCAACUAGAGGAAACUGUUACGGCAUUGGUUCGAUUGGAGAUGCUCGCUCCAGCCAAGGGUAAAUUUCAAAAGGAUCUGAUCUCUGCGAUAAUCGAACCGAUCCUGCUACCUUCAGUCGAUGGGCACAGCCGCGGAGUGCAGAUUGAGGGAACUUCAAUCCGCGUUGAACCCCAGCCAUCGAAAGUUUCGGUUCCUGAGCUUUUGGAAUGCAUAGUCAAGGUCUUGGAUUUCCUUCGCCAAUACCUUCAUUCGUCUAUUCUGGAUUCCCUUUCGCAAACAUUCAUUCCAAUUCUCUCAUCAAAAAUCAUAGCCUCGUGGCUCUCGUCGGCAAUUCCGACGGAGCUCAUAGGCUUGGGCGAAUUCGAGAAAACUCUGGACAACGUUUUGGAAUUUACUAACAGCAUUCAAAAGUUCGGUUGGCAUGGUCAAGAAGAACUUGUCUCUUGGGUCAACCAGGCACCUCGACUCUGGUUGACGAGACGACGGGUUGAUUCAUUAGAUCAGGUUCGCAAAGUUCUUGCUGUCAGUGAGGGUAAAACAAAACAAGUGGAGAGGGUCGAAAUUGAAAAGGUUUCCGCUACGGACGAGGCCCUGUUGGAAAAGACUACUUCCGAUGAUUGGGAUGCCAGCUGGGACGACGACAUGGUAGAUGAUUCCAAGGAAAAGCAGGCCGAAAACAAGGAAGAUGAAGAAGACGUCAGCGCCUGGGGUCUAGAUGAUGAUACGAAUGAUUCCCCGGAAACGGCGCCUGGUACCUCUGCCGCUGCCGCUGCCACUGCUGAUGAUGAUGACGAUGGCGAUGCCUGGGGUUGGGGCGACGAAGAUGAAGAAACUUCGGUCGACGCGUCUCAUACCAAGAAUUCGGACAAGACCAACCCGGUAAAUGGAAAGGACGCAGAGCACCACGCUUCCCCGCGAGAAGUCACUUUGACGGAGCGGUAUACUGUAACGGACAUUCCUGAGGCUAUACUCACGAUUAUCCGGCAGCAGGUGACGGACUCCGAUGCCAUAACGCAUCCAGCGCACUCCAAUUCACGCGUUGUCUCCUCGGGGGCUGGUCUUCUUGCUCUUCCAACGUUGAUCCUCGCUAUGUUUAAAGCGACCGCAACUUCGUUUUACGGCCUUAAACUUAAUGCUGGGCAGAUGUACCUAUAUAAUGACAGUUUGUAUCUGGCGGACCAAGUUCGCAACAUUGUUGAGGAACAUCAGCUGUCGAGACUUCAGGCGGAUAUUGAAGCGCUUGAACGAUUCGGCAAACUGGCUUACAGCAAGGAGAUGCAGACCCAGCGCACCAUUGUGACCGAUCUACUCGAUGGUGCGCAGGGCUUCAGCCAAUGCUCGGAGCAACCUUUCCUGGGAGAGUGUGAAAAUGCAGUUAGUGCGACGGUUGACAGAAUCCGUGACGUCCACAAGGAGUGGCAGCCAAUUCUUUCGCACUCGGCACUCCUACAAUCUGUUGGGUCCUUGGUCUCAACUGUCAUCAAUAAGAUCAUCAUCGAAAUCGAAGACUUGGGCGAUAUAUCCGAGGCUCAGUCGCAACGGCUCGUGUCGUUCUGCAACCAAGUGUCGAACCUGGAAGAUCUGUUCAUACCAGAAAUCUCCGAGAACGCUGAGCGUGUACCCAUGACGGCUGUUUAUGUGCGCAAUUGGCUGAAGUUCCAGUACCUGAUCAACAUUCUAGAGAGUUCUUUGGCGGAUAUCAAGUUCCUCUGGGUAGAAGGCGAGCUGCGUCUCGAAUUCUCGCCCGAGGAGGUCGUGGACCUAAUCGAGGCUCUGUUUGCCGAAUCCGACUAUCGGCGAAAAGCGAUUGCGGAGAUCCGACGAAUCUCUCGAAACCAAGGAACUCUUAUGAAGCCGAUUGCCAGCGCUGCGGGGAAUCUCCGCGCUUUGCGCAAGUGGCCGCUUCGGCCACCGUAUUUUUUUCCUACGCCCGUCGCAGUUUUUCUUCCACGGCGCAUCCAGCAGUCCACGCCACCUCAAAGUCCCUCUCGAUUGCUACACACUUCCAAUAUGAACGGGGAUCAGGAUUCUGCUGCUGCGGCUUCGCAGGCUGCUCAAAGACAAGUCCGCGUGCAGCUCACCAGCAAGCAAGAGGAUAUCGCGCUGCCUGAGAAUACCGGCCCAAUUUUGGUUCCCACUGGCCUACGGAGAUAUGCGCUCUCGACGUUAGUGAACAACCUCCUCGGGUCAGCCAAGCCGAUCCCAUUUGAAUUCCUCAUCAACGGGUCAUUCCUUCGAACUUCAAUCGAUGAAUAUCUGACGGCCAACGGAAUCUCCGCCGAGACUACUCUGGAAAUUGAAUAUGUGAGAGCUUUGAUUCCGCCUCUUCACAUUGCGUCUUUCGAGCACGAUGACUGGGUCAGUUCGGUCGAUGUACUCUCUGCCACUUCGCCCGCAGUCUCUUGGGCGUCCGCGAACAUUACCCAGGGCCAGGAGAGAAUUCUGUCUGGCAGUUAUGAUGGUCUUCUACGAGUGUGGGAUAUGUCUUCGCAAAUAGUGGCAACUUCACCGUCGCCGACUGAUGGUGGUCAUACCGCAUCUAUCAAAGCCGCCAAAUUCAUCUCGCCGAGUUCGAUUGUUUCGGCCGGACUUGAUCGCACAAUUCGUCUGUGGAAAUACACGCAAAGCGAGAAUGGAUUCGAAGGAAACAUUGCUCCCCAGCUAGAGCUGUAUGGACACAAGCUUGGCAUCAAUUCGCUGGCGGUCCAUGCACCCUCGAACCGUAUUCUAUCCGCAUCGGCAGAUCACAGCGUGGGUCUCUGGUCAACCAAAAAGUCCGAUGCUCCAGCUGCUCCGGAGAACCUACUGCCAUCGGCAGUCGCCAAAAGCUCUAAACGAAGAAAGCUGAACUCGUCUGUGAGCACCCCGCAACGUGGACCUGUCGCCCUUCUCUCAUCCCACAGCGCGCCUGUGUCCGCCGCCAUUUUCGAUGCCAAGGACUCCACCGUGGGAUACUCCGCGUCUUGGGAUCAUUCUCUGCGUACGUGGGACCUUGUCACUGCUGCCUUGGUGGAUACCCGGACGACGUCGCACUCGCUUCUUUCCCUUGAGCACCUCCCUGAACAUCACCUGCUCGCUACGGGUUCGUCGGCCCGUCACAUCACGCUCAUCGACCCUCGAGCAUCUGCAACCACCAUCGCAGCCAUGACACUGCGCGGCCAUACUAACGCCGUCGUUUCGUUGGCUCGUGAUCCUAACAGCUCGUACGGUUUGAUUAGUGGUAGCCACGACGGCACGUGCCGCAUCUGGGAUAUCCGGUCGACCAAGACGGAUAAGGAAGGUGUUGUGGGAGAGAGUGUCUAUUCGAUUCCUCGCAAGAGCUUGGAAGAAGGAGGCAAGGCCGAUGCCAAGCGCGUUGGCGGAGAAGGUGUCAAGGUGUUCGGCGUCUGCUGGGACAAGUCGGUGGGUAUUGUCAGUGCCGGUGAGGAUAAGAGGAUUCAAAUUAACCGUGGAGAAGGCGUGUUGUCUUCUGCAUGAAAAUCAGUUGCACAUCUGGGCCUGGCGUUUUAUUGUCGGAUGAAAAAGUUGGGCUGUUUUGGCUUUGUUUCGAGAACCUCCCGUACGAGUCGUUGUUUCCUUAAUCUGUAUGCAAUAUCAAUCAAUCUAGAUCGUGAUCUUAUGAAAC